CGAUUCCGCUGAGAGGUUGCUUCACUUCUCCGCACGGUUAGGACUUUCUCAGCUGUCGACACAUUUUCUCACACUUCCGGGCAGCCAGGUGGCCCUGUCAUCCCCGAACCACGAGAGACUUCUUCCCGAAGAUCUAGCUCUUAAAAAUGGAUUUCAGGACUUAGCCAAACAGCUGCAAUAUUAUAGAAAACAGGAAACAGUCUUUCAGCCGUACAAAUCUGUUCUGGAACCCACGGAGAGGUCUCACCCCUUAGUUAUAUCGACAGAUAUCAAGCAGUGUUCCAGAGAAAUUGAGCAUGAUAUCCUUGAGCUAGAAAAAAGGAAACUUACUUUAUCCGAUCAAGAAUCCGAAGAUUACGAAUUAGAAAACAUGAAGGAAUUAAACGCUGCACGAAACGGGGGUCUUCGUCCGGAUACUCCUACAAAACUUAAGGACGUUCAAGCUGUCAACUGUUCUAAUAGAUCAGCUUCUUUGCCUAGGCAUUCCGGUAGAAACCAAACGCCUCGUUUGCAAGCAAGAGUCCUCGAGGAUAAUUUACGUAGAAUUCGUGAUAUCCAUGAAGGAAUACAAAAGCUGAGAGAGCUAAAUACCAAGCAGAUUGUUGUUCACCAGUCUGGUAAAAGUGGGCCUGCUAGACUAAGUAGUUCUUGCCCAGCACUGUAUAUGACAUCAGGAGAUGAAACCAGUGUCUACUUGGAUGGAGCUGCUGUUGCAAUGAGAAACAUCCAGCAUCGGAGGACAUCUCUUUCCUCAAAUUCUAGAUCUCUGGAUUCUACUUUCAUAGAAUCCUUCAAUGUUAAGAUACAUGUCAAUGAUCUCACACCAGCUGCAUCUCAGGAGUGUUUAAAUCUCUUUUCCCCUUUGAGUGAAAGUGAUUGUUCUCAUUCUGGCAAAGUUUUCAGUGAUGGAGCAACUGUGUACAAGACUUCUAAUAUUGGCGGCACAACUUCAAAACGGUUGGCAAAAAGGUCAAAUAAAAAGGUACCAACACGACGACAGAGUUGGUCCUCUUUGGGUGCUAGUUUAUCAACAGAUGAUGAUGAUAAGCACUUUAUUCAAAGAAGAUGGAGUCUGAGUAGCUUGGACUCAGAUACUGAAGAAGCUUUCUGUAAGUCAUCCAAUACUAUUUCCAGUUUUAGGUCUAAAGGUUCCAGAAUAUCUCAUUCCUCCAAAGUCACAAACCUAUCUUAUAUUCCUAGAGAAAAAACACGUAAUUUCUCUGAUGGAAGCUGUGAGGAAUCAUUCUUGUCUAAGUCAGCUAAGCAGUCAUCUAGUGUUCCAAGCAUGCAUGGUACAUCAGCAGACAUCAAAGAGAAUGUGGAACCCCAAAAGACUCACAGUGUUGGCAGUUUGAGUUCCUCUGCUAAAAAUUUCUUAGUUUCUUUUCGAAGUCAUCCCCUUCAAAAAUCAUUAUCUACCCCAACUAUUACUGUGGAAGAUACACUAGCAGAUAAAGCAAAGGAAGAUACUCACAAUAGGCAAAGCUUAUGCACAAUGCACCCUUUACCACUACAUGAUUUAAGUCCACAGUUGCAUGAAUCAUUGGAUUGUGAUGAAAAUAUAGGUGAUACUCAGCAAUUAUCUUUAAGUACCCUAAUACGAGACGUACAAAUGCAUUCAGCAACUGCAGAUAGUGAUGAAGAAAAAGUUUUUGUCAAACGGAAGAAAAGGUCAAGCAUAUUUUUUAAGAAAAAACCUGAUAAACACAAAUCAAAAGAAGGGAAAAAAGUUGCUCAUCAAUUUGUGAUCUGUAAUGGAUCUGUCAUUGCCUGUGAUGUUUGUCAAAAGCCAUUCAAUAAGAAACAAGCUUUGAAAUGUGAAAAUUGUUUAGUUGUAGUCCAUGACAGUGCAUGCAAAGAUCAAGUAGUUGAUUGCAAUAAAUUCAAACUGCAAAGGGCGCAGAAUAAAGCAAAUUAUGUUUCGUUAGGAAAAGACACAAACUCAAAUUCUGUAAAUGGCCAUUCAAGCCGUUUGCCCCAUUACCCCAAUCGUUAUCUUCAUUUGGUGAGGCCAUUGUCACAAAGCAUGGUUCAUCUAGCACAUCAAGGCAAAGGUUCUCUACCAAACAGCAGAUUUGCUUUCCCUUUAUCUCAUUCAAAUAUUCCUCCUCUUGGUGAAGCAGCAUCUCGUUCCAGUUUUAUAAAUAUUAAUAAAAUGUUUAGUGAAGAUAAGGAUGGUGACACUGGAUAUGAACUGCAUUCAAACAUGACUGAAAUUAAUUCAAACUCAAUGGAAUCAUUAGAUGAAGGUGCUGUUGAAAUUAGUGAUUUAGAAGAUAACCAAGUGCUAAGGUUAAUUGAUGACGAACCAGAGACAUGGAAUGCUACAGUAGACAAGAAGGUUCUAAAAAAAUUAAAAGAAAGAGAAAUUAAGAGACAAGAAGCUAUUCAUGAACUAAUUAUAACAGAGAAACACCACUGCCUCACUCUUCAGAUAAUGCAAAAGGUAUAUUCUCAGGGUAUGAUGAAAGAAUUAAAUGCUCCACGAGAGUUAGUUGAAAAAUUAUUUCCAUGUCUGGGAGAGCUUCUUGAACUGCAUAGAACAUUUCUUAGUAAGCUGAGGGAGAGACAAAAUGAAGGUCCUGUAAUAGAGAAUAUUGCAGACAUUUUAGAAGAUCAGUUUCAUGACCAGAAAGCUGAGCAAAUGAAAAUAGCCUAUGGUCAGUUUUGUAGUCAACAUAUGGAAUCUCUUAAUUUAUAUAAAGAAAUGCUGAAAUCUGACAGAAAAUUUCAGAAUUUCAUCAAAAAAUGUAAAUCUAAGAGACUUUGUAAAACAAGAGGGAUUCCAGAAUGUUUGCUUCUAGUCACACAAAGAAUAACAAAAUAUAUUUUAGUAAUUGAAUCAUUGAUGAAGGCAGCUAAAGAUAAUAAAGAAGAGCAGCUCUCGUUAGAAAAAAUAUGUAAUUAUCUUAAGGAUAUUAUAUCUAGUGUUGAUGUGCAAGUUGCAGAAAAGGAAAAGGAAUUAAAAUUGCUUGAAAUCUAUAACAGGAUGGAUUCUAAAGCUACUAUUAUAUACAGAGGGAAAAAAUUUAAGAAAUCUGACUUAUUAGCUUGCAAUCGUAAAUUAAGGAAGGAAGGUCCGAUGACAUGGAGGAGUCCAAGAGGAAAGACUAUUGAUGUCCUUGCUGUUAUGCUGUCGGACUUAAUAUUAUUUUUGCAUGAAAAUAACCAGAAAUUAUGCUUUGCAUCUUUAGAAAAUAAGCCGGGUAUAGUUUCACUCCAGAAACUUUUAGUUCGUAAAAAGGCUGGGCAAGAUAGUAGAGGCAUGUAUCUCAUAUCAUCUAAUCCAAGUGAACCAGAAAUGAUUGAACUUUUCUGUAGGACAUCAAAGGAUCAAAAGGCAUGGAUGGAUGCUAUUAGAGAAGCUAUUGAAAUGUGUCCUGAUGAAGAUGAAGGUGUUCCAAGCGAAACUGAAGAAGAAAGAAAAUUAGAAGCAGCCAGAGCAGCACGUAUUAAGCAAUUAACAAGUCUUUUACAUGAAAAAGAUCUCAGUAUGGCUCAGUUAUGUGAAGAAAGGAUGCAUAUUUUAGUUGAUUUGCUGGAAAUGGUUGGACUAGAAGGAGAACAGUUUGAAAAUGUAAAAUAUUCUCAUCUUGUGGAGAGUACUCCAGGAGUUGAAACUAAAGAGCUUAUUACUUCUGCUAUUACUAGUGCCUCUAGACUAGCUAGUAAUCUCUAUACAUCAGGUAGUAAUCUGAGUCGCAGUGUGAGCAGCGCGGGUGAGCGACAGAGUGAAACAUAUGUUUCACCAUUGUUGCCGAAGCGUGCUGAAACAUUUGGUGGCUUUGAUAAUCCCAGCAAGGAGCAAGUUGCACCUACCAAAGAAAUUUUCUUUUCAGUCCCUGCUUUCAAAAGGAAACUCCUCCAUUUAAAAGAGCACAAUGAGAUAUCAAUUUUACCUUCCAAGAACAAAAUGGAAGAUAUUAACUUAGGUGAAUCAUUAGAAACUGCAUUACAGAAUUUUGGUUUACAGACAUCGCUAUCAGUCACUGGAAAAGCACCAUCUGUUUGUAAUAGCCCAGAUAAACAGCAUAGUCGAAAAUUGUUAUCGUCUAGUUUUCUUCAGCACUCUAGUUUUCCGCCUUUCAGAGAAGUUAAUGCUGAAGUCAUGAGUCUUACAGCCACACCUCUUCUGAUGACACAAGGAAAGGAACAACUUUUACAAAUUGUAGAACUUGCUCAUCAUUUGAAUACAGUUGUUUGUACUGUAUUGCAUUUAUCAUCAACUGUAGAAAGUAUGAAAGUGCACAUUGCUCAGACAGAUGAUAAGUUAGCUAAGUUAACCAAGGAAAAGGAGGUUCGAGACCGCAGGCCACUGUAUCGUCCUGAACACCAACUGGAAGAAUUACGAAACUUACAGAAGCAAUUAAAUCAUGAUAGAGCUGUUUGGCAACAGGAAAAAACUCAGUGUGAAGCUGAAUUGAAAAGUCAGAGAGAGGAAUUGGAAAAAUUACAGGAGCAGUUAAAGAUAGAGCAAACAGAUGUUACUCACCAAAGGGAACUUUUGUACCGAAAGUUAGAUGCACUACAAAAGCAAGGAAUUAUUUUAAGCCCAUCUCAUAAUGUAGUUAAUCUGAAUAGUUGCUCUUCAAGAGAUCCAGAAAAUAAAGAAGAACUUCAUGGUGCAAAUAAUUUUUCUGAAAAUAUACAUCCAACUUCUGCAGACUUUUCUCACCGUAGAACAGUUUCAUAUGAUUUGACUACUGACAGAUCAUCAAAUGAUGACCAGAUUCCAUAUGUUUCAUCUGGCUCUAACUCAGUGGCACCUUCUCAUCGUAUUGAUUCAAAAAACAGACCUUCUUUGAAUAUAGCAACUAAUGCAACCACUGGCAAAGUUGUUCCUCUUCAUUUAUCUAGUAGUGCCACAAACAUGCAGAAACGACAGUCUGUUUCUGUGCAGCCAGUAAAGCAACAAUUACCUUUAAAACUUGCUAAUACCCAAUCUGCUAAUGGCAGUGCAGUUGUAUCAAAUCAAGGCGGACCUCAGCAGGUUCUUCCUAUGAAACUUGCACUAGGAACACUAACAGCAAAUGUUCAAACUUCAAACUCAGUGGAGGCAAAAAAUGCUGCCCCAAAGAGAUCGCACAGUGCUGCAAGUAGUCCAUCGUCAACGUUGACUACACCUGUUCAUGUCAGGGGAGGGAGCAGUCCAGCACUAGUGCAGAGCACAUCACCCACCAACAGCACAGUGUCUCCGAAAUUUAAAUCUGAGAACAGUAUUCUGCAUCAUUUAAAACUUGUAAAUGACAAGUCAAAGAACAAAAAAGAUGACAGUAAUAAAGAAAUAUUUUGCUGAAGUUUCUUUCAACAGUUAAAUUAAAAGUAGAUGUUUUGAACGUUUUCCUGUAGGAAGUACAAAGCAUUUGAAAUUGAUGCUGGCCAUCGCACAUUUCUUUUUCCUCAUCUUCCUCCGACCCAACUAUAUGCAGCUUGGAAAAGUUGAGUGAUUCCUUAUUACUGUUACCAAAUAGCACUAUUCAUAUAAUAUAGUGUAAACUGAAUAUUAAACAUUUAUGGUAUUCAGUGCAAAUUAGAAUAAUUGGUAAAUGAAUACAAUACUUGUUAUGAUUCCUUUUUAGGUAUUAAAGAAAUAUUGAUAUCUUUUUUGGAAUAGCCAAUUAUGCUUGUACAUAAUUUAUAUUAAUGUUCAGUCUAAGUUUGUAUAUGUAAUAUAUAUAAACUUCAUUCUAUAGUAUAGCUUUUGUAAAAAGAUUAAAAUUGUAGGUUUAUAUAAUGUAAAGCCUUACAUUUAUUUCUAGGGACCAAUUAUGUACAAUAUGUGUUGUAAACUGUGUGAUAUUGUUUUUGAUAAACAGCACUUUAACUUUUGUACAGAUUGCACUAACUUUUUAUCUCUGAAGUUAUGUAUAUGUGAUUUAUCUAUGAAUUAUGUAUAUUUUGUGAAUUAUCAAAUUUUGAAAGAUGAAAAGAUAUUUUGACAUACAACAUUUUUGUAUGUUUUGACUUCAUUUUUAUUUUUUGUGAUAUGAUUAUUAAGUCAUUGUAAUAGAUGUGCAUGCAUGGAAAAAAUCUAAUGUUAUAUUUUUCUUCAUUGUUACUAAGAAAUUAAAGUUUUUAUAUAUAAUUCAUUUUCCCCUACUUCUGAGACUGUAUGAUUGUAUGACUGUCUUAUUUAUUUAUAUAAAUGCUAAAAAUAAUAUUAAAAACUUUUGUUUUACUGAUAAUGCAUUCCAUGAAGGUUUUAAAUGAAAUUUUAUUGAUUCAGAAGCUGUUUUCAGUUAUGUUACACAAAAAAAGUAAUUAAUUUAAGAAUGGUCUUUUUUGUUAUGAUUUUUGGAAUAAUUUUCUUUAUUAGAUUCCUGCUGAUUAUAUGCAAAGAUAAACACCACAAUAGAAACUCAAAAUUUUGCACUGUUCGGAAAAUAUUUAGCACAAGUUAUAUUUCAGUAUUUCCUUGGUUGUGGAGAAAUUUACUGAUAGUAAUGAAAUGAACAUUAUUUGGUUUAUUAAUAACUAUGUAGUUCAUUGAGAAAGAGCAUUUUUUUUAAUGUCUCAAUAGUAACAAAGCAAAAUGUGAUAUUGUUAGUGGAAUUCCUUUUACAGAAAAAGAAAUCCCCCCUCUCAAUAGUAAAAGUAAAAAUAAGUUUAACUGCACUUUUUGCAAUCUUAUUUAUUUUAAUAUUUAUUCCACAUGGUAUUUUUGUUUAUAAUGAUAAUAGGGUGGUUAAAGAUGAUACUUUAUUCAAAGGACCAUUACUCAAAUCCUGGCUAAGAGCCAGAAUUAUAAUUCUUACUAUUACAAAAAUUCUUCAGGAAGUAGCAAAAUAGCUUUAUAAUAAAAAUGUUCAAAUCAAUUAUAGAUCGGACAUUUUAUUCUUAAAUUAUUUUUAUAACUUUUCUGGUGUCCCCCCCCAAAAAAAAAAUAUUAGAAAUUACUGAAAGUUAUUGAACAAAGACUUUUAAUUAUACUUUUUCACUGAUAGUAAUAAAUUUAAAUGGAAUCAGUUUAAUAUUUUUCUUCUGCUUUAAUAUGAUGAAUAAGUAUAUCUAAUUUUAUAAUUUUCAUUUUAUCUUCCAAAUUAUCAUCUUCAAACUUCUGUUUACUUUUUGUGAUUUCUUUUCAUUACAUUUUCUUCUUAAUUUUUAAUUUAUCACUUUUUAAAUUAAAAAGUCUUUUUUUCUAGUAUUAAUUCUGUGUUUGAAAAGCACUAGAAAUACAUAUACAUACAUACAUAUAUAUAAAAUGUAAGAUGUGAAUUAUUUAAUUAAUUGAAACUGAUUUGUGUGUCUUCAUAUUUUUUCAGUUUGCCUGUAUGAAAUGUAUCAGAAUAAGUGUAGUUUACUGCAUAAAAACCCACUUAACUCACUCCCUUAACAAAACCUUCACAUCAUUAGCUAUGUAUUAUCGUUCUAUACAAAACUUUUAAAUUCGCUGUCUUCUGAUUUCUGACUUUUUUGCAUAUUGUUUACCGUCAAAGAUAUUUUUUAUAUAACUUUAUUAUGAAAUUUCCUAUUUCUGAGAAACAUUUGUAUUCUUGGACUAUCAUUUUGUAAAAAUUAUUUUUUUUCACAUGUAUUGCUAAUUUGCGUAUUUGUAAUGUUUUAAACUGAACAGUUUUCUAUUUUUGUACUUAAUGUAGUCAUUGCAUAUUUUUCAAUUAGUGCAGUAAUGUCUAAUAUUUAUUUAAUUGUUUGUUUUCUCUGUGCUGACAUCAUUUGCAUUAAAUUGCAGUUUUUGAUGUAAAUCUAAAAUUUUUUACCUGUUGCAGCUAAUAAUUAUUCAUUUCUUUCUUUUUUUUUUUUUAUUAUUAUUAUUAUUUUUAUUAUUAUUAUUAUUAUUGAGAAUCAUAUGCACUUUAGCAGAUAUAAAUGCAGAUGUGUAUUCUGUCUGUUGUAUAUUUGCUGACAGAUGAAGCAUUUCUGUAAGUUUAAUAAUUGGCAGUUACUUUUAAUGUGUUUCAUAAUCAUGAAAUCAAUUUUAGAAGUGUCGUUUUGCUUUAAAUAUUUCCAAGCAAAAAUAAGCAAUACUAGUACACACAUUGAAAGUUUGCUUAAUAAGUUUGGUUAUAUAUGCAUAAAUAGGAAUUAUUAUUUUUUAUUAUUUUUUUGUAGCAUAAAUGAUAAUUUAAAGUAAUCUAAACCAGUACAUAUCUGAAUUCAAUAUUUCUGAAGGUAAACUUUUGUAAAGAAAAAAUGAUUUGUCAUGAUCUGUUUCAACUGCAUUUAUAAGCAAGAUUCUUGUACAAAACUUUAAUUUAAAUUUUCGUAAAUAAACUAGUAUAUUACUCUCUUGUAAUUUGGAAUAUUAGGUAUUUGUUCACAGUGUAAAAUAAAAUUGCCAGACAGUUUAUUUAUUUAUUUGUUUGUUUAUAGAUAUCCUAGUCCUUUCCUGGCAGAUUUAUAUGUAAAUUUCAAAUUUUCAAACUUGGUUCACUAAAAUGUCAAUGGAUAAAAUUAUUCUGUCAUUUAUAUAAAGUAUCUCACAAAAAGCUAAAUAAAUAGUAGCAUUCUUUUUACGCAUUUCUACAUUUUAAUAUUAUCCUUAUUAACAUUUAAAUGGUAGUUUUGACAGUUUACAUAUGUUUAUAAAGAAAGUUAAUGAAUGAAGGUUUUUCAGUUUAUUCAGAAAAUAGACCUAAUCAAAUUUUAUGAAUGGACCUAGUUACUUCAUAUUUCUAAAAUUACCAAUCAUAUUUUAUUUUGGCCUUAAAUUUGCACACUUGCUGAAUAGCAGUUUCAUAUUGUAUUUGAUUAGCAGUAUAGUAACUUUCUAGAUAUGAAAUAAAUAUUUCAAUAUAUUUAUUAUUAAAUUUAUUGUUAAAAUAUUAAAACUAUUUUAGUGUUUCCCUGUUAAGUCAUUUUUAGGUAUUGUAAUAACUUUCUGUUCCAAAACUACUUGUUUAUGCAUUUAAUAUUUUAUAUUUAAAUGCUGCGUGUAACGUGCUUAGCUUGAUCCAAUUAUGUGCCAUUUCAUUAAUGUACCCAUCAGUAUUCAUUUAAAAUGCUGUAUAAUUUAUGCUUUUCCGUAAUAUUUUAAAAAUGUAAAGUAGUAUUUAUUGUAUUUACAAAUGCUAGUAAAGUCUUUCUAAAGUUAGGGUGUCAUAUUUCAAAUAGAAGUUUUGGUGAUGGUUUUGCAAUAGCAGUUUCCCUUACACCUGAGCAAAAAACAUGGUUUCUUAACGAAACCUUCUUGUAAUUAAUUAUGUUUGUUUAGGAAAUAAAAUGAUUUUCUUGUUCA